AACCUAGUCACCAGUCACUCUUCAAGCUUCAAGCGUCAGACGCCUCAACUGACAUGGGUACCCGUACAGAGGUUUCUCUCUCUGAGCGUCGGGACGCUCAGAGCGUCAUGAAGCGCGUGCUUCGCUCCGUUCACUCUAUCAUGGAUCUCACCGCAAACGUUGUCAAAGAGUCAUCUCAUGAAGUGCUGAAUCCACCUCCAAUGCCCAUCAAGCUUCCCGACCCUCCACCUCUAAGGCCUCAUUUAGUUCAAGCUGGAGCUCCAGAUCAGCUAGCCUCAAAGAUGGACCAUGCCUACUUCAAACGCGCUCUUGAGCUUCGCAGCCGUCUCCAAGUUAACCUGGAGACCGUUUGGAAGCUAUACAGUCGAACUUCUUCAUCCCAAGCAGCUGAGCAUAUUUUGUCAUAUUUUGCUCAAACCUACCUCAAGUGGCUUGCUUCAAUUCGCAAAGAAGGGCUAAGGGCUUACCAUAAAUACGCCGAAAGGAUAGCAGCUUUCAACUCUCGUUCGAUGCCAGGGCAGCGGGGAAAGGUACAUCCGUUUAACCACGAAUAUAUACCACUGCUUGAGCAUUACUUCGAACGAAAUCCCUUUCCAUCCUCCGCUGACAGAGCCAUGCUAGCUAAGAAAUCAGGGAUGACGCACCGUCAAAUUACUGUAUGGUUUCAAAACCACCGGAACCGUGCCAAGAAGGAAGGGAGACUCAUCGAGCGCAAAUCUGGUGACGUGCCCGCUGUGCCUUUGGAUACACUGGUAGCUCGUAUGCCGCAUCUCAUAAAACCUGAUCAUCUACGCCCGCAAUCACCUAAUUCCGGCACUGCUGAUGGAGAAAAACUUAUUCAGGAUCUCUACUAUUCUACUGUCACGGGCGGCCCUCAUGUUUUUGAUGUCCCUGCUCCAUCCCACGCAUUUCCUUCAAGCUAUCCACCACAGUGCUCAUAUAACCCCUUUCCUAGCAAAGAUGGGUCUGCCUUGUUCACUUCACCACAGUGGUUUCGUCAUACUUCCCAGGUCUUGAGUAAUCGCAAUUCUCGCGUAGUAUCUAUCGAUGAGCUUACCGAGAGGUUCUUACAAAUGUCAGUCAUGGAUGUGUCGGGGGAACCACGCCGAAGAUCACAGCAGCCAGAUGGGUCUGCUGCAGUUGCCGCAAUCACUGUCAUUCCUCCUCGUGCGCCACAUCCUGCACUGAUAUGCAACUCGACGCGUUCCACACACCGUCAGCGUUUCCUUUCACUACCAACCGUACCGGCACCUGCUCAAGGUCAGCGCGUAUUUGAGACUCCGAGCCCUCAGUCGCGGCCAGUCACACUCGUACCUCAAGGCGAGUGCCCUGGUUCUCCAAGUGUGUUGCGUAGAAAAAUAGCUCCGCCGCCAAAGCGUACCCCUAGAAACGCUUCCCUUUCUCGCACUACUACACCUGUUGGUUCUCCAUAUCCACGUCGAUCUCGGACCCCCUCGUGCAGUUCUGGGUCCUCCCGACUUGUUUCUGAAGGAAGUUUUGGUUCCGAGAUCUCGAACGAAGAUAUACCCCUUCCGACGACGCCGACCCAUCCCGCCCACACUUUUUCACCGUUGCUUCCACAGCUUGAGAUGCCACUUCAUAUGGAUAAUUUCUUUGACAUCCCCUCGCUUCUCGACGGCUCCUCCGUCAACACCGAGCUGCAGAAGGAGUUCGAUGCGAUACUUGCGAAAGCUAAUUUUAACCACGAUUCAUUCUUUGAUUUCCCAUUCGGCAUGCCCGAGCCCCUUCUCACUGGUCCGAUCUAACGACUGGGUUACGUCAAGUCGUUUGCAAAAUAUAGGCUUGGCCCACGAGCCUUCCAUAGGGCUCUGCUAUUGCAUGUCGCCUAUCCAAGUAUAUGCACGCGCCGAACCGGUUUGUUUGGCGUUUGCUCCUUCUCAAUGACGCUGGUUUACGCAUGCUCGGCUCGAGGUCAACAUGCCUGUUCAGCGCGGUUCUGUGUCGCGACACGGCUUGACCCAGCGCACCCGUUUGGCACUGACUUGUUCGCCUCUGCACAGUCGAGGCUGGCACAUGCGUCCAUUCGGCUGUAGUCGUCAUGUCCCUUUGGGCUCCGACAUCUCCGUAGAUUCAUUGCCUCAGGCUUAGGGUGUACCACUUAUCGGCACUUCGUGGGGCAAUUGUCUCCUGCUUAGAUCGCGCGUCUCAAGAAUACAGCAACCUGCUGUGAAUCUUGUUUGCCCUCUCUAGAUGUUCCCCAUCCACCGCCCUCGGUCUUUAUUUGACCAAUGCGCUUGGCUCUCCGUUUAUCAUCUACUCCUUGUGCUCAUCGCUGCUGUCUUAUUGUUUUAUUAUCUGUCGACGUGGGCUUUUUAUGUUGUCUUUAUUCUUGUGGACUAACUGUACUUCCUCACUAAUUCGUUUCUUCUCCGUGUUGUUUCUGCACCCUUUUGCAUAUUAUACCCUGUUACCCUCAUUGCAUUGACUGUAUCUCUAGCAUCGCAUCCGCAUCCGCCCUCACGUUCGUAUUUAUGUUAACACCAGCAUCUGCAUCUACAUUCACAUCCACAUUCG